AUGUCUCACUAUUUUAGUCUGGAUAUGAAGGGCUACUAUGUAUCCGGAGAUUCCUUAACAGUUCCUUCUUCGAUUGCUGCAACGCUUACCGACCAUCAGCUGAAACAGAGUGCAUCAAUGGCUACCAAUGUUUCUUUGCAAAGGAAACGCGGAUGUUUUUAUUUGUCAGCAGCUCUAGCUUCGAUGCCCACAGAGACAGUGGUUACUCCUCACCUUGCUGAUUAUCUUGAACAGGUAAUUGAACCGUUACCGAUUUCGUCUGGGGCCACGGUCACUUCCGUACAAUCAGCAGACCCACAGGAAGGUGUAGCGCAUAUCGUCGGAAUGGACACUAGCGCUCUCCCAAUUGAUGUUCUUGUUUUCCUGACGGUGCAAAGCAGUACGAUCAGAUUCGAUGGACAGCAGCAGGUAUGCAAAGCGAUGUCUAACAAGGGAAGGAAG